GGAGCCUCACCGGCGCCGGACUCUGCCCUGGGCGCGCCCCGCGGGGCGGAGCCAAACCUGCGGGCGGUGGCGGCUGCACUCCCAGGACCCUGGCAACCGACCCCGGCCCCAGGGCCCGAUCACCCAGGGGAGGAGCAGCACCGGGACCCCGUGCCGCCUGGGCGCCCCCCAAGGGAAGCCAGUCUUAAUAUGAUGGAAACAUCUCUGAACUUCUAAAGGACCAAGGUUGGAGUUUUAGCUCUUAAUUUUACUUCAUCUUGGCCAGAAUUCACAAUGACAACGGUGACAGUGACCACAGAAAUUCCGCCAAGGGAUAAGAUGGAAGAUAAUUCUGCCUUGUAUGAGUCUACGUCCACUCACAUUAUUGAAGAAACCGAGUAUGUGAAAAAGAUUCGAACUACUCUGGAAAAGAUCAGAACCCAAAUGUUUAAAGAUGAAAUAAGACAUGACAGUACAAAUAACAAACUAGAUACAAAGCACUGUGGAAACCUUCAACAGGGCUCUGAUUCUGAGAUGGAUCCUUCUUGUUGCAGUUUGGAUUUGCUCAUGAAAAAGAUAAAAGGAAAAGACCUACAGCUCUUAGAAAUGCACAAAGAGAAUGAAGUAUUGAAAAUCAAGCUGGAAGCCACCAGAGAAGCAGGAGCAGCAGCUCUGAGAAACGUGGCCCGGAGAUUAUUUGAAAACUACCAAACACAGUCUGAAGAAGUGAGAAAGAAGCAUGAGGACAGUAAACACUUACUCCAGGUUAACAAGCUUGAAAAAGAACAGAAAUUGAAACAACAUGUUGAAAAUCUGAAUCAAGUUGCUGAAAAACUUGAAGAAAAACACAGUCAAAUUACAGAACUGGAGAACCUUGUACAGAGAAUGGAAAAGGAAAAGAGAACACUACUAGAAAGAAAACUGUCUUUGGAAAACAAGCUACUGCAACUCAAAUCCAGUGCUACAUGUGGAAAAAGUUGCCAGGAUCUUCAGAGGGAGAUUUCCAUUCUCCAGGAGCAGAUCUCUCAUCUGCAGUUCGUGAUUCACUCCCAACAUCAGAACCUGCGCAGUGUCAUCCAGAAGAUGGAAGGAUUAAAAAAUAAUUUAAAAGAACAAGACAAAAGAAUUGAAAAUCUCAAAGAAAAGGUUAACAUACUUGAAGCCCAGCUUUCAAGUAAUGGAAAUACAUCCUUUUUUCCUGUGGUGGUCUUUCUAUCCUAGCAGGUUUUUUCCCCUCCCUAUAGGCAAUAAAAUUGACUCAUAUAACCCUAUCUUUUAAAAAAUCUUUAAUUCUUCUUAACCAGUUUUAAAUAUCACCAGAAAAUUUCUGCUUAACUCUACCAAAAUUAUUUACUUUCUUUCUGUUUUUGCAUAUCUUUCAUCAUCUUAAUUUACAGCUCUGAUACUCAUCUUAUAGUUAUUGCAUUUCUAGUUUCUUCACUAAGGACCUGCUCCUUAGGAAAUGCAUUUUCAGAAAUUACUGCAUGUUCUAAACUUUGAAGAUUACCCUACUCUAUAUAAGCACCAUCAUCCUUAAAAUUUAAUUCUGGAGUGUGUUGCUAAAAUAUUAAGUAUGCAAAAAAUUAUAUUCUUUUUGAAAACUAUUUCAAUAAACUAUCCUUAGAUGGAACCAUAAUAAUGGCAGGCAUAUUCUGGCCAGUGAUUUGUAGUUUUUAAAUAAAACUCAUGCAUAUACUGUCCUAGUUAAAGGAAAAAUCAGAAAAGUCUAUGAAUCAAGACUAAAUGCCUAAAUCUGGUAGAUGAAACAAAUCAGCAUGGAAUUUAAAAUAAAUUAAAGAGAGUCUAACAUAAUAACUCUUAUGCUUUUGUAUUAUUUGGUACUGAAUUGGUUGAGAAACUGGGAGUUUAUUCUGGGGAAAACCUAAGUAGCUUAUACCUAAUUGACCAGUCACAGAAUAUUUUCAUUUCAAUGGUGCUUGUCAUCAAGAGACUGCAUUUCAAAUUGCUUUGUCAAGUGUAAAGUACUAUAAAGAGGGACAUUUUUCUAGGCACAUGCUUGGCCUAUAAUAUGUGCCUGCCCUUGUUUGGAGUGUAUAAUAGAUUUAUAUUCAUUACAUGAGGAAAUCUUCACCAUCAAUUGAUCAAAUCUGAAGUACAUUUCCCAGGUGAAACUUAGCUUCACUCUUGAAAUUUCACAGUGAAAUGAUGACUGUAUGUGAAGAUACUGGCUCCAUCUUUGAGUUAUUAUUCAUGAUAAAUGCUGGGAGCUAAGAAGGGGCAUAGUCCAAGGCUGACUCUAAACCAUUGACUUACUCUAAACCAUCAGGUGGGAUUUCAGAAAAUACCUUGUAGGCCAGAUGCAGUGGCUCUCACCCGUUAUCUCAGCACUUUGGGAGGCUGAGGUGGGCGGAUCAC